UAUUUAUUUUUUAACUGAUGUAUUGUUACGGCAAGGUGUUUUUGUCAUUAGCACUUUAUGGGCAAAUUGUGUGAGUAAUUUUUGUAAUUUACAUUUGUGACACUGUGGUACCAAUCCCUCGUUAAAUCACAUGUCUAUGAUAUUACAUGUAUCAAUAAAACAAGCUGUCAGUUGUCAGUUUCAUCAAGUGCCAAGCUAAGUGGAGUGGUUGAAAAUGGCUUCUAUAAAGUUUACUCAUGCAGUUGUGUGUCGGAUUCCUAAUUCUUUCAAAUCAAAAGAUAUUAAUUUUGAAGAAGCGAAACGUCAACAUGAAACAUACGUGCGUUUGCUGCGUAACAUUGGAUUAGACGUUAUUGAACUUCCUCCAGAUGAAGCUUUACCUGAAUGUGUUUAUGUGGAAGACACAGCAGUGGUUUGUAAUGGAAUCGCCCUAAUUACAAGACCUGGAAAUCCUGCCAGAUUGAAAGAGGUUGAAACAAUUAGAUCAGUUCUGAAGAAGGAGUUGGACCUACCAGUUGUAGACAUUAGUGAUGAGGCUGCUAAACUGGAUGGAGGAGAUGUUCUCUUUACAGGAAGAGAAUUUUUCGUGGGGCUGUCCAAGUGGACCAAUGAGGCAGGAGCUCGUGCUGUGGCGGCAGCGUUCCCAGAGUACCCCUGUACCCCAAUCAAGGUGGGGGACACUCAGCAUCUCAAAUACAUGAUCAGUAUGGCUGGUCCUGACGUCUUCUGUGUCAGCUCCUCCAAGUCCUCGCAAGAAGUCCUUAAGAGGAUCGAGCGAGAAGCAACGUUUGGGUACCAGAUUCUGACGGUGCCUGAGGAAGUGGCAGCCAACGUUUUGUACAUCAAUGGCACCCUUGUCCACCGCUCUGAAGAUGAGAUCCCAGACAGCUGUAAGGUGUUCUACGACAAGAUUGACUUUGCUCGACAUGCUGUGAACGUGUCAGAACUUGUUAAGUUAUCAAACAGUGGGCUAAGCUCCUGUUGUCUACUGCUGCGGCGCUCCAGGCACAUCCGUAGUCUUUAGAAACUUCUUCUCCCUUACCCUCCUUUCUGUAUGUACGAGCCCGACCAUAUAGCUUAGUCCAAAGUUAUCAUUAGCUUAGCGUUCAAGUUGAAACUAAAAAUCUACUAUGUACCUUUGUUACAAUUUUGCAAGUUUUAUAAAAAUGACCUAGUAACCAUGUUACUCUUUUAAAUAUAAUUUUCUCUAGUAUUGUAUCAUACAUGUAAGUAAAUGUUGACUAUUUGAAAUAGCAAAAUAUUAUUUAUUAAAUAAAUGUUUAAUUUCUUAAAUUCAUAAGUUUUAUUUAAUAAGUUAUUAUUAAGGUGAAAUCACAAACUGGGAAAACAAUAUUAAGCCUGUAACAUUUUUAGUUAUUGUAUUUGUUUGUUUGAGUUGAGCUGUAGGAAAUUGCUCUUAAAAGUUAUUAGUGGAAAUGAAUUUUUAAUUAAAUAUGUAUUUGUCUAAUCUAAAGCAAAGCAAUUACUGGUGUUUAUUUAAGGAACUUUUCAAAUAAAAUAAGUUUUUUUUAACUAUGAUAUGAGGUGUGUCCAAAAAAAUAAAUAGGUACUAUUAAAAAUCAACUAACAUUUUUUUUAACAUCAGAGACCUUUUAUUAUGGAAAACCCUACAAUGAGGUAACAUCAAUAGUUUUGUUGAGUGGCAUUCACAGAGCUGAUUUUAUCUUUUGUUUUCUUUUCUACAAGGGUCAUUUGGAAAGUAAGUUGCUUAAAUAAAUAAACAAAUACGCGUAACUUAUACAGCUUUUUUACUUUAUACAUUUGAAAGAAUGACUCUUAGACUAUUUUUCAACAUAGUUACCAUUCACAAGUUUUUAAUACCAAAUGAAUCUUUUUGGACACAGCUCGUAUUUUAUAAUUUUAAACCAGAUACUUUUUUAAGAAUUUAACCCUUUCAAUGCCAAAGUCAGACUACAGACUUACGUAAAAUGUGCAUUUGCCAGUGUCCAACUAUACAGAUGUAUAAAACCAUUCUAAAAUAUGCAAACCAAGGUUAAAUGGACAUAAUUUUGUUAUAUGUAUUUAUAAUGGACCAAUCUUUAAAAAUAGUCUAAUUUAUUUUUAUCAUGUUAGUGUUAUAAAUGAAACAAUAAUGGCCAAACAAUAAAGACAAUGGUGAAUUGUCUUUUUGGUAAGCAAUGGCAAUUGUUUUUGAACAAACUGCCAAAUAAAAGAGAACUGAAUUGUUAUUUCUUUAAUAAAUACAGUAACUAGGCAGGUUACAAAAAGGAAAGUUUUGCUUGUAAAACAUAUAAGACAGGAAUUUACCCAUAUUGUUUAACAUUUUAUAUUUAUAUAUUUUUACUAAAGCUAGUUUUACAAAAACAAGGUAGGCUAACAGUUAUUUGUUUAUUGUGUACUUUUAAACUUUUACAGAUAAAGUUUUAUUUACAACCUGUGCCUAAUAAUUUUUUUCAUAAAGUGCAAAACAAUUUUUGGUAACAUGAACAAAAAUUUUAAUUUAUAAUAUUUUCUGAACCAAUUCUAUAAUCCUUAUUUUGGAAGAUUAAUGUAUUUUUAUGUGUUCAAAACUAUAUGGAUGUUGAAAUAAAACUCAAUUUAAAAAUAGAGAAAAUGUUUAACUGUUUAUAUUUUUAUACCAAACAGAAAAAUUUACUGUAACAUAUUAUGUAAAUAAGUUUUUGCUUGUUUUAUUUGUUAUGCAUAUUUAGUAACUUUAUUUAUGUGUUAUAUUACAGCAUGCUUUUAUGAUAAAAACAAAAAAGCAACCAUUUUCAUAAAUAAAAUGAAGUAAUGAGUGAACAGUUAAACAUUGUCUAUUAUAGUGUGGCACUUCUUGCAUCUAUAUGUGGAGCCGUACCUUCCAUUAUUACCUGACACUGAAAGGGUUAAUAGCUUUAUGUAUAAAUACUAAUAAAAUGUGUACAAAGGGCUCGUACUUCCCCUAACCAAUUCCUUGAAGCUACCACUACGCUUAGCUUAGAUCUGCCCAGAUGUCUAACAUCUUGUUAUACUGUAUAUUAUUCACAACUCUUCCUACCAACGCAAUACUUGUAGUCUGUGAAUAUACCUUGUCUUGCUUUA